UAAAGGACAUGAAACUACAAGGACUAAUAUGAUAAAUACGGGAACGUUUUUUUUUUGAAAAAAUAUUAAAAAAAAAUACAAUUGAAUCCCUCACGUCACACGACUGCAACUUGUUCCUUCAUUGCAUUGGGGGAAAAAGUUUCCGGAUCACACGUCUGAUUCCAGUAACCUCACGAAUUGAGAAAACCCUAGAAUCGCAUUCACGACGCAGCAUCUGUUUGUUCGCGGUCGCACUUUUGGGAGGUCGCUGUGAUGUGAUCGAGCGAACCGUGAGACCGAUGGAUCAUGGUGGUCAAGACCGUGGCGUGUACAGUAUGAUGAAGAUCCAGGAGCGUUGGGUCGAAUCAUCUCCGUAAAUCGAAUCUUAUGGUCGCAUUAAAUGGAGAUGAUUUUAGCUGGUCUUUUGGACCAGUACCAGAACCGAAGACAGGAUCAGGUCUGAGUAGUCUAUUGCUGUUUGCUGCUGUCAGUAUCAUCACACCGAGGAAGAUCAAAACUGAGAUGGAUGAGAAUACAAGCAUCAAUCCAGAAGCAACCUGGUCUUUCACCUCUUGCGCGUACUGA